AAAUGAAAAUGAAGUGGAUGACCAAAUUAUUACAACGUGUCCUUCGCCGUCAACGGAAGACGUGGAACAAUUGUGUACACUGUUAUCCUUACAAAAUGUUUCGUUAGAACUUGAAGAGGUUCGACGAAAGGUUAAUGAAAUCAACGAACGUAUUUGUACAAUGGAAUUAAACCAGCCUCCUGCAAAAUGGCAGUGUACGUGCAAUUGUGGUGUAAUAGAAAACGAUGCAAGCUCAUCAAAGAGUAAUGCAUCCCACGCAGAUGGAAUAUUUCAUUCAAAACCAUCUUCUCAAACUAAUGUGAGCGAAUUGAUCUUUGAUGUUGAACGGGAUGAGCCAUUGAACGUUAGCGAUGACUUACAAACGACGUGUGAAGUAGUACCAUCCGAAGCUGCUCAAGGAAAUUCGAUCUCUAAGUCUGCUUCAGUUCAGUCGGCUUUGUCAGCUUCGAAGGACUUUAAAAACAAUAAACCGGCACCCACAGAUGUUAUUGUGUCUGUGGAGCACGAUAAUGGAGGUGUAGGUGGUCAGCACGUGGAUGAAGAAUCGGCACUCCCAGUAUUAUCACACAACACGGAACUAAAGGAGAAGAUGGAAGAUGCAAUGGUGGAAGAGAGAGUUUUUCCCAAAUUUGAUGAACUUAUGGCCACUGUGGAUGGGUUGGUGGAGCGGGAAAAAAUGUUUUUCGAACGUCUUAAUACCAUUGAAAAACUGAUGUCUACCUACAUAGACGAGUUGUACUCCCGCCUCCAGGACGAAAAAUGUGUUCCACCUGCGGGGGGUUUUGAUGAUAUGAACCUUGUCCAAAAUUUGCAGCAAGAAUCUUCUAAACCAAAUGUGGCUCAUCAGAGAAUCAUCGACACAGAAAACUUACUGGAGACAAACAUUCGCUUUAUAAUUGAAGAAUUACAAAACGAAAUAUGGUCCUUAAAAAAAGCUUUCAAUCGUUUGAACAUAGCUGCUGGCGGUAUGACAGACGUGGAAACAAAAACUCAUGUCCAGUGUAUAUCCUGUAACUGUGCUGUUGCUAUGAACAUACACGAGGAACGCAUUCCCACACCGGUUCCCUUUCAUGUGAGUCGCUGCACGAAACCAAUGUUACGUCGGCAGCUGGAUUGGUUGAAGAAGGAGAUGAAAUAUUCAGGAGUUGCACCGGUAAGCAUGCAGCCCUAUUAUCAGCUGCUAAAGAAAAACAAAUUGUUAUCACCGAAGUAAAAGCGUACAAAGCACAAAGUAGAAGUAGAAUGUGAAAAAUUAAAUCGAUUUUUCGAUCGUUCUGAGACGAUCGUUUUGAGAAACUCUAUUUAGCUUUACUUUCUAAGAAACAUUGGGAUCAUACAACUAACUAAAACCGUACAAAAAACCGUAAAACCGUACAAAACGUAACGCUGACAGAUUCGCUGGGAACGCUGGUCUCCCUUAUAUUACUUAAAAUUUAUCACAAAAAUUCAAAUAAGGUUUGUGUUUGGUUAAUAACCCCUAGAAUCGGAAUAAAAUUACCAAGAAUUAAGGAUACUGCCGUGUACAUUGUAAGAGCCCUACGAUGCUGAUAACUUUUAACAGAUGUCUAAUACCCUUGUGGGUGAACCGGUAGUAGGUCCUGCGGCUCGAGGAGAGUUUAAUCAGUAGGUGUUAUCAGAGUAUAGUGCUACCUGCUACCUGGAACGACCUCUCCUUCUGAAAGGUGGGUCCCUAUAAAGGCUCCUCGAUUGAAAAAAGUUUUUUUUUGCUCGGUUAGAACGCAGGUCGUAUCAAGAGUUAUUUUACCACGUAACAGAAUAGUCAGUCCAUGCUACGGGGAGACGGGGUGGGGCCGGCGCCGUUUAUCACAUAGAUCACUGGACCGCCGCCAAUUAAAAAAAAAAUAAAUUAAAAAAAAAUGCCAAUAAUCAAAAUUCUAUUGUCCCUGGCUACGUUUCUCGUCCCAUUGGAUUCAAAACGUUCUUCAGUCCAUAUCGAUGCUUUGUGAGUUCUUGCUCUAAAUAACUGUGUGAUCUGUGUUAAAUUGGACCCAACACCCUCAUAGCCUAUUGAAACUUUUCACAGUCGUGAGGUUGAAAUAUUUCAUUGAUUAGUCAGCAACGCAAUAAACAUGACUCAAUAGAAACGAAAUGUUUUUAAAUUAAUUGAACUUUUCACUUUUUCGGUCGAAGGUACAGUACGAUUCGGCAAAUGUGCAGACAGUGGACAUGCAAUUGCGCUUUCGACCUUUUUUCUACAUCCUUUGAAAUUGUUACUUGGGUAUCGAGAUAAUUUGACGUUUUCGGCCUAAAGAUGACAGACAGCAGUUGUACAAAUGUCGUGAGUCAAAGGUAUAUUCCGAAAAGGGUGAAAAUAAUUGUCGAUGGGAAUAUCGAUCAUAUUUCUGUGCUAUUUUUUCAUGGAAUAAGUG